AGUAUCCAAGUGAUCUGUGGUUGACAUGACAUCUCGUUUACCGGUUUUUUUCUGUGAAUCUUUAAACUAGUGGCUACAAGUUUGUUUUUGAUUAAAUAUUUAGAUGAUUUAAAAUAUCUUUGCUUUGUUGAAUAUUUGUGAACAUUGGGUGAGUAUUGGCAUCGAUGACAAUAAAUAAUGGCGACUACAGCAUCGGCUGCGACUGCUACAGCUGAAGAAGAUUUGGAUGAAUGUGGACCACAGCUGAUUAACAAAUUAGAGGGCAAUGGAAUCACAUCUGGUGACAUAAAAAAGUUGGAAGAAGCAGGGUAUCACACUGUGGAAUCUGUCGCAUAUGCACCUAAGAAAUGGCUGAUUACAAUAAAAGGCAUAUCAGAAGCAAAGGCUGAUAAAAUAUUGGCGGAAGCUUCAAAACUUGUUCCCAUGGGAUUCACUACAGCUACUGAAUUCCACCAAAAAAGAGCAGAAAUCAUUCAACUGACCACAGGCUCAAAGGAAUUAGAUAGAUUGCUGGGUGGUGGUAUUGAAACAGGGUCCAUAACAGAAAUAUUUGGUGAAUUUCGAACUGGAAAAACACAGCUGUGUCACACUUUGGCUGUUACAUGUCAGUUGCCAAUAGAGCAGUCUGGUGGGGAAGGAAAGUGCAUGUACAUAGACACGGAAGGCACCUUCCGUCCAGAGAGACUGCUGGCCGUAGCGCAGAGAUAUGGAAUGGAGGGGGCUGCGGUGUUGGACAACGUGGCGUAUGCGAGAGCCUACAAUACUGAUCACCAGACACAACUGUUGGUGCAGGCCUGUGCGAUGAUGGCCGAGUCAAGGUAUUCGUUGAUAAUAGUGGACAGUGCGACGGCGCUGUACCGCACCGACUACUCGGGCCGCGGCGAGCUCAACCCGCGUCAGCAGCACCUGGGACGGUUCAUGAGGAUGCUGCUACGACUAGCUGACGAGUUCGGCGUUGCGGUAAUAAUAACUAAUCAAGUGGUAGCCCAAGUGGAUUCCGUGGGUGUGUUCAACGCGGACACUAAGAAGCCCAUCGGUGGGCAUAUAAUAGCCCACGCUUCGACCACUCGACUCUACUUGAGGAAAGGCAGAGGAGAUAACAGAGUCUGCAAGAUUUAUGAUAGCCCUUGCUUGCCUGAGACUGAGGCGAUGUUUGCUAUAAGCAACGAAGGGAUAACUGACGCUAAAGAAUAGCUGUGGUAAUGGUAAUCUGACGCCGAAGAAUAACCAUACCAAGGCUCGUAUUACAGAAUUACUGACGCUAAAGAAUAAGUGUGGCAAUGGUAAGCUGACGCUGAAGAAUAACCAUACUAAGGCU